AUGGAGUGCGCUCAACGCCCCUGCCCAGAGCCCGGCACGGAGGAGAGCUUCCUGCUGGAGCUGAGCGGGCUGCUGCGGGAGCUCCACUGCCCCGAUCCCGUGCUCACCGCCGGGGAGCCCGCCGUGUGCCUCCGCCAGCCCUGCACCCGACUGCGCCUGCUCCGUUUUCUCUGCUCAGAGGUCCAGGCGGCCCGACUGCUCCGUCGCAAGACGCCCCGGGUCCGGUCGCAGGAGGAAGGGGAGCGGCUCUGGAAAACCAGGGAGGAACUGACCCUCAUCUGCGAGGCCUUAGGAAUGCCCUCUCCCCAGCCUGGCACCGCCCCCAGCCAACUGUUUCAGGAGCUGCUCGCUAAGAUCUCAGAGCUGCUGCCCUUGCUGCCACCUGGACACCUGGCUCCUCUUCUGACCAGCUCCCUGGACUCUGCCCGCUGGGUAUGACCCCCCCGGGGACAACCUGA